CAUCGGAUUCGGUCUGAUUCCGGAUUGAAAACAUGACAAUAUUAAGGUUCGCGGCGAACCAACGUCUGUAUAUCUAACGAACUGGAUCUACAAACUAAACAUAAAAACUCUGUCACAAUGAAGUAUUUGAAAGUGGCCAGUGAGGAAAUGGAUCGAACCGUGGUGGUGUCGAUAGAGGGCAUGACAUGCCAGUCAUGUGUCAAAACCAUCGAAAACAACAUUGCCAAGGUGAAGGGCGUACUGGAAAUCAAGGUAAUCCUCGAGGACAAUGAAGCUACCAUUAAGUACAGGCCAUCUGAGACAAGCCCCCAAUUUUUGGUAGAAAAGAUAGACAACAUGGGCUUUGAGGCCAAGGUCAAGGACAUUCAGGGUUCAGCAUAUUCAAGGGGAGAUAACUCAUCUGAAGCUGUCAUUGAUAUUGUUGGGAUGACCUGCAUGUCAUGUGUCCGUACGAUUGAAAACAACAUCAGCAAACUUGAUGGCAUCUACCAUAUUUCUGUCUCAUUGGAGAAAAAUUGCGCUGAAGUCACCUUUGAUGCCCAGAAACUGAAUGCCUCAAAGAUCAGUAGUGAGAUUGAUGAAAUGGGCUUCGAAGCUAAAGUGCGACACAGCAGCUCCAGAAACCUGGCAACAAGGAUUCAUGUGGAGGGAAUGACCUGCCAGUCAUGUGUCCGCCAUAUUGAAUCCCACAUUGGUCAAAAGUCAGGAGUCAUUGAAAUCCGAGUGUCACUUGCAGACAAAGAAGCCUUCAUCAUCUAUGACCCAAAAGGUACAAACCCUGAUAAGCUUCGUGAUGAAAUUGAUGAAAUGGGAUUUGAAGCCUCCCUUCCCCCUGCUGAUAUUGUGGAUGAAUUUGAGGCCAUUGCCUCCAGGAAGCCGUCUGGAGAAGCCGAGUGUCUCAUUGAUAUAGACGGCAUGACGUGUGGCUCAUGUGUGAAAAAUAUUGAAUCUAACAUUUCCAGCAAGAGAGGCAUCAAAGAUAUUAAGGUAUCACUGCAGAACAAGAACGGGGUUGUAAAGUACGAUCCUUCAGUAACAGCCCCAGGAAACAUCGCAGAUAUGAUUGAUGACAUGGGAUUCGGUGCCUCAGUUGCUGAAGGUGGUGGAGGUUCAGAAGGACUGGCAACUGUACUGAUCAACAUCCGAGGCAUGACAUGCAAUUCAUGUGUGAAGACCAUCGAAGGAAAGAUGGCUGAGCAUCCAGGGGUUAAGAAUGUCAAGGUUUCCCUGGCCAAUCAGGAAGGGGUGUUUGUCUACUAUAUGAACAAGGUGACUCCAGCCAUGCUGUGUGAAGCUGUGGAAGAUAUGGGCUUUGAAGCAACAACAGCAGAUGGGCUACUGAAUCCUUCACAUGUUACUUCAUCGAUACGGAGUUCGGCCAGUCAGGCCAGUAUUGGACAGUCCAGCGUCCGGUUCCUAGCUGAUGAAGAUGGCAUGGAAAAGUGCUUCUUGGUUGUCCGGGGGAUGACAUGUGCAUCAUGCGUCGCCACCAUCGAGAAAAACAUCAUCAAAGUAGAAGGUGUGAAGAGUGUCCUGGUGGCGCUGAUGGCUCAGAAAGCAGAGGUGAAGUACGACCCAGAGUAUAUCCUCCCAUCUCAAAUCGCCAACGCUAUCAACGACUUGGGAUUCUCAGCCACUGUGGUGGAGCAGGAAGGGGGAGGCCAGGGUGUGGUGGAACUCACUAUAACUGGAAUGACGUGUUCCUCAUGUGUUCACCUGAUCGAGUCCAGUCUGAAGAAGAAACCAGGUAUACUCUCGGCUACCGUUGCCCUCUCCACAUCCACCGGCAAGUUCGUGUAUGACACGGAGGCCACAGGGCCACGCACUAUCAUCGAAGCUGUUAAGGCUCUUGGGUUUGAUGCUUUUCUUCUGACCGAUGAUGACAGGAAGGCAGCCAGAUAUGACCACCGACAUGACAUCCGACGAUGGCGCAACUCCUUCUUGUUGUCGCUGGUGUUUGGCAUCCCCGCGAUGACUGUGAUGAUGUACUUCAUGUUCUCCAAGCCCAAGCAUCAUGCUGCUGUCAUGGGAGCCAACGACUCAAAUGCAUCCACCACACCCAUGCCGAAAAAUUCUGAUGGCCAUUACCAGCUGAUGAUCAUGCCUGGUUUGUCGGUGGAGAACUUACUUCUCUUCAUCCUCGCAACGCCGGUUCAGUUUAUUGGGGGUCGGUACUUCUACAUACAAGCAUACAAAGCACUAAAGCAUCGAGCAACAAACAUGGAUGUCCUGGUUGUCCUAGCAACCACAAUAUCCUAUACCUACUCUGUGAUAGUCGUCAUAGUUGCCAUGGCACUGGAAGAAUCAGUUAGUCCAGUGACGUUCUUCGAGACAACCCCAAUGUUGAUGGUGUUCAUAGCUCUCGGCAGAUGGUUGGAACACAUAGCUAAGGGCAAGACAAGUGAGGCUCUUGCUAAGCUGUUGUCCCUCCAGGCAUCAGAGGCCGUCCUGGUCGACCUGGACAAGGAGGGCAAUGUCAUCCGCGAGGAGACCAUAGAGGUGGAUCUUCUACACAGGGGAGAUUAUCUCAAGGUGGUUCCUGGAGAGAAGAUUCCCGUAGACGCCCGAGUGAUACAGGGUACUUCUACAUGUGACGAAUCUCUCAUCACAGGGGAGAGCAUGCCGGUUCCAAAGUCUGAAGGGAACUCUGUGAUUGGAGGUUCAAUCAAUCAACAUGGGAUGUUGAUCAUCGAGGCCACCCAUGUCGGGGCAGACACAACCCUCUCACAGAUUGUCAAACUGGUGGAGGAAGCACAGACUUCCAAGGCCCCGAUACAGAAUCUAGCAGAUAAGAUAGCCGGCUACUUCGUCCCCAUCGUGUGUACCCUGUCUACCAUCACACUCAUCUGCUGGGUCAUCAUCGGAUAUGUGGACAUCCGAAACAUAGAUCCAGAGUUUAUGGAGGAUGGUCCUGUAUUGAGGAGUGAGGUGAUAUUCCAGAAAGCAUUCCAGUAUGCUAUCACAGUACUCAGUAUAGCAUGCCCCUGUGCCCUGGGUCUUGCCACGCCCACUGCAGUCAUGGUGGGGACAGGUGUCGGCGCCACAAACGGUAUCCUUAUCAAGGGAGGCGAGCCACUGGAGACAACACACAAGGUUAAGUGUGUCGUGUUUGACAAGACUGGAACGAUCACAAAGGGCGUUCCCGAGGUUGCCCGAGUUUCGCUGUUCGUAAAGGAGAAUGUCUGCUCCUUUGUCAAGCUACUGGCUAUUGCCGGGACAGCAGAAAACAGCAGCGAGCAUCCCAUAGCUGCAGCCAUUGUCAAAUAUGCUAAAAAGACUUUGGCCACUGAGGCGCUGGGGAAGGUGACAGAUUUCCAAGCGGUGCCAGGUUGUGGGCUCAAGUGUAAAGUGUCUCAGAUAGAGACUCUCCUCAACAACGUUGACUUGGACGGUGUCAACAACCGCAAGAACCAGUUUGGGAGCAUGCGCAUCAAGAUAGACAAUGUUUCUGGGGAGAGCAGUGAUAGCUUGCCGCUCCAGAUUGAGGAUGUGAUGCUGAUGGGUGCUGCUUCCUCCAAUCCGUAUGAAGUCCUGAUUGGGAACCGUGAGUGGAUGAACAGGAACGGCCUGCUCGUGAGUGAUGCUAUGGACAGUGUGAUGACGGAGCAUGAGAACCAGGGGCACACGGCAGUACUCUGUGCUAUCGAUGGUGUGGUAACUGCGAUGUUGGCUGUUGCUGAUACAGUCAAGUCUGAAGCUCACCUGGCUGUGCAUUGUCUGAAGGAGUUAGGCCUGCAGGUGAUCCUCCUGACAGGAGAUAACCAGAAGACGGCCAAGGCUAUUGCUAAGCAGGUUGGAAUAAGACGGGUGUUUGCUGAGGUGUUGCCAUCACACAAGGUGAAGAAGGUGAAGAUGUUACAGAAGGCAGGAAUGAAAGUUGCGAUGGUUGGUGAUGGUGUCAAUGACUCACCUGCGCUGGCACAAGCAAAUGUUGGAAUCGCCAUCGGCACAGGCACCGAUGUGGCAGUGGAGGCCGCAGACAUUGUGCUCAUCAAGAAUGAUCUGCUGGAUGUCUACUAUGCCAUCAAGUUGUCCAGGAUGACUGUCCGACGAAUUCGGCUCAACUUUCUCUCAGCCUCCAUUUACAACAUUAUUGGAAUUCCUAUUGCAGCAGGCAUGUUUGUACCACUGGGUCUGUCUCUGAAGCCAUGGAUGGCAUCUGCUGCCAUGGCGAUGUCGUCAGUAUCAGUCGUCAGUGCCUCCCUGUUACUCAAACUAUUCCACAAACCAUCAAAAGAAAAGUUGUUGACCCAAGAAUACUCCAAGCGCUACGCUGAAGACCAGGAAUAUGACAACAUUUCCCUGCAUCGCGGUCUUGACGAGGACAAUCCCAGCCUCCGCAACAGCAAGCAGGGAAGCAUUCUGUCGAAGCUGAGUAACUGGCGGGCCAUCACGCCAGGGCCGGACAAGCGAAGCCUGCUGGAUAAUGAUAAUGCUGAGGAUGAGAUUGAAAUGGAAGAGACUGUGUAGAUUAAACAGGUCCCAGACACACAAAAUCAUAUCUUUAAUACAUAUUUGUAGUAGUUUAAUAUUGUGUCGCAUUGUGGAGUCAGUACAAUAAUUGUUUGGCCAGAUUAAGUUUUAUCUUGUUCUUGGUAGUCCACAUAAAAUGGUCAUAGACUUGUCAUUUCACCUGAUGAGUGGCAGUCCACAAUGAAAUGUCUCUAUUGUUUCUUGAUGUUUGUCUGGUCUCAGACUACAGAACCGUAUUUUGUUUGGACUUGAGCCUGGAAGAAGCUAGUGUCAUGACUUAAGAAUGUCUUGUUAACUGUUUAUUCAGGAAAUACUUGUAAGAAGGCUUUGAAUGUCACAUCUGAAAAUAGGAAGUGUUUACAAAAUUUUAUUGAACUCUUUCUGCUCAACAGCAAAUGCAUCUGUGAUCAUGUUAUUGUUUGUCAUUUUAUGAUUUCUUAGAAUCAUUUGGGGCGAUGGGGUAGCCUAGUGGUUAAAGCGUUUGCAAUGGGUACAAUGUGUGACGCCCAUUUCUGGUGUUCCCCCCCAUGAUAAGGCCGUGAUAAGACAAAAAAGUUUCCUUGUUUUUUUUUAUUGGGUCGACCCUGUAGUAUUGCAAAGAAAUUCUUUAAAUUGGAUCAGUUUAAAAAUAUACAAAUUCAAUUGUGUGCCAUAUAAUUCUUGUGUUCUUUAUGGUAAAAUGUCUUGAAAUAUCAUUGCAUCAUUCAAAGGAACACACGUGUAAGUAAAUCACAUAUUGUCGAGCGACCUAAUCUGUAAUAGAACCUAAGGAUGUAGGCCAUUAAACAUUUAAUUAUCAAUACAUUAUUUAUGAUCACAGUUACUUUUGCUUUAAGAAUCCCCUAAUUAUCUUAGUCUGACAGGUUAGUAGCUUGUUCGGCAAUCAACUGUCCAUGUGCAGCGGCCAUUUUGGACACCUGAGCCCCUCUAGGUCCCUUUCAUGACAACCAUCUGAGCAGGACACUGCCACUUCCAGGAAAUAAAAUAUAACCAAACAAUUAUUUACAAAUGACCUCUUUUGGUACUUAUCCACAGAUAGUAAGUAUUUUUAAGUAAUCUUAUUGACUAUAAAGGUUACAAAUAUUGCACACAGAGGAUAUAAUUUUUUAUAACUUUUUAUGUACACUAGCUUUCUUAACAUUUUACGCCAUGUUUAUAACAGGUAAGGAAAUCCAAUAUGAUACUGUAUGGUUGUAAAAUUCCACGUGUUUGAUGAAUUUUGCAAACUGGCCAGUUACUUUACAAAAUGAUAAACAUAAACGAAGUCUUUGUUUGACAAGUAAGUUUGAUUGAGCAGAUCUUACUUAACUUUUGGACGAUGCUUCCAUUAUUCCAUAUGGGAUCUUAGACUGAUUGCUUUCAGAUUUUGCCAUACAAAAUGUAUUUGAUAUUACCCUAGAAUUAGUUUUGUACUAGUAGUAUCUCAGUAUCCCAGUAUCCCUAUCAAGGCUGGGUACGUAGUUUAUGUUGAGUAAUGAACAUCAUGAUAACCAGACAGUAGAUCAUCAUGCUGAUAUAUUUGACCAGUGUGUUACAUUUGUUUAAGCAUAACUUGUUGCAUGGAACUACUUUCCACACAACUUGUAUGGUAGAUCAUAGCAUAUGUAGCUAAUUUGUUUAUAUCUACUCUACUACUGGUCUACAACCCUGUACAGUAUAUCUAUUUUCUGCUAACUUGCAGCUCGUUUUACAUUUUAACCAUUCAAAGAAAUGAAACAAAAAAGUCUCCUUUUCAAUUGUGUUGAUAUACGCUGACUUUGCCAGUGAUCAGUUUCAGUACUUGUAAUGUUUCUAUCCAAUUUUACGAUUCUAUGUGGAAUGUGAUUUUGUGGAUUUUAGCUGCCACAUUAACAGGGAUUUUAACGAAAUUUGAACCAGAAACUUAAAAGAGUUGAACCUGAAUAUAUCCUAAGAAUAGUAAAUGUUAUAAGGAAUAUUUCAAGACAAAUGUGGUCAGAUACGUUGUGAGAAGUCAAAAUGUGUGUUGUUUAUAGUUGUUACACCUGUUUGAUAACUUGACACAAGCGAAGUGGAACAAAUGUUGCAAUUUCUACAAAUUUCAUCACCAUGAACGAUUUGGGUAAAUAAGUUCGUAGUGUGUUUUAUCAUAUGUUAUCUGAAGGAAUAUAUUUGUGUGUCCUUGACCGUGAAAUUCACACAUGACUCUUUUAAGAUGAAGACAUUGUUUGUGGGAAAAUUGAGCCUUUGGAAGACAGAUGUUUUGAGAUUGUCACACCAAUUCAUGUUUGUUAUUUCAUAAUUAUGUCAUGCAUAAUAUAUGCAUCAUUAAGCUUAACACUAAUAAUUAUCAAAUUGUUUCACCACCAAGUGCUAUGUUGACUGUAUGUUUUACAAAGUAUACUUUACAAAUUUUGAAUUGUACAUUUCUGGUAUUUUUUGAAUGUGAAUUUUGUCACCUCUUUAAUUAGAAGUUCAUGAUUAGUGGUCAGUGAGAUGUUUCAGUUUUAUUCAAUAUUUAACCCUCUUUCAAGAAUGAAUAUGGUUCUACAGUAAAGGCAAUAACUGUUCUAGUGUUUCUACACAGUAAAUCUAAUGAUCAGUCUGUUGAUGAGUUUGUUAAAAUAUUUAUGGCAGACUAGUCAUGUUUACCGGCUUUUCUUUCCCUUGAAGCAUUAUUCAAGGAAAAGGCACGUUACUCUCCCAACAUUCUAGAUGUCCCCGUAAGCACUUUCUUAACAAAUUGGCUCUCAGUUUCAGAUACUUAUUCCAAGAAGUCAUUUGACCAAUUUACACAUAAUUUCUUAUAGAUGUUGCAUGUAGCUUUGGAUGUGAACUUGGCAAUUUCAAGAUGUCCUUUAAAAUGGCCUGUAUUUUGUUGUUAAAAUAUGUAUGGUACAGAAAGAUAAGCGCUCAUUGUGAUAUUGUGAUAUGAACCUGUUUAGAGGUUAAACCAUGUUAUGACCUAUGGGGACAUGUUGUCCCUUCCUGUCAGGUACUAUAGCUACUGUCAUACACUGAAGUUUGUUGUUUUAUGACUGGGUGAAAAGUCUUCAAUGUAGCAUGGUUUUAGACUGAAACCGGCGUAAAUUCAUUUGGCUUGUAUCAUUUUUCACAAGUACUCUCUGAACUGGCAUCAUUAGGGACCAGAGCUCCAAACUGGCAUCAUUAGGGACCAGAGCUCCAAACUGGCAUCAUUAGGGACCAGAGCUCCAAACUGGCAUCAUUAGGGAUAAGAGCUCCAAACUGGCAUCAUGGAACAAGUUCUAAUAACAGGCAUCGUUUCAAACCAGUACCCUCUAUACUCACAUCAUUUGGGAGCAGUACUUUCAACACAGGCAUCAUUUGGGACCAGUACAUUCAACACAGGCAUCAUUUGGGACCAUAAUUUGGUCUAAGGUCAUGAACAUGCUGGUUUGAUGAGAGUAUGAGAUUCAAAGAAUUACAGAUUCUAUCCCAACUAAAUGAUUUCAGUGGAAUGACUCUAGGUCAUUCUGUAGCUUGCUGUUAUCAUUUUAAGCAUAAAUUGAAUUCUCAUAGUUGUUGAUUAAUUAACCUGAAGAUGGAACGUUAUCAGUUGGUAACAUCAACAACAGAUGCUGUCUUCUCACUGGUCUCUGCAAUGAAGCUGUGUGUCAUUACAUUCUCAAAAUUGAUUUUGCUUCUUCAUGAAUUGUCUGGAAACAAAUAUGCAAAUAACUGUUUCUGCACUGUGAGAAUCCUGAUGACAAAUAUAUAAGAUUAAGUUAAAAUCUUGUAUUAGGGAACUCUCAGUUAUGCUCUGUAUAUACUUGAUGUCCAUGGUUGCCCUAGAGACGUCACUGUGAGGUGCAUGAAAACCAAACAGAUAUAUUGAUAUUACAACCAAAAGGUAAUUGUCCAGUUUCUGGAGAGUUCACUCCAGGGCAAGAAGCUCAUGUCAGUUGAUAUUCCCGAAGUCCUUUACUGUUUUUAUGAAUAUUUUUAGAUUCCUGUAUUCAAUGUCAGAAUACGCAGUUGUAUUGAGUUGUGUUCACUAUGAGCUGCUUCAGUGGACUGUGAUCAAUUAAGGAAGUCCAAGGCUUGAGUACUUGUAGUCCAAACAAGUAUUGAUUAAAUCAUUCAAAGCGUAAACUCAUAUCUGUAUUAGGUGUCAAUUUGAUAGCCAGUAAGAUACCAACUAUUUCAUAUUCAGGGUAUUUUGCUUGAGGAUUAUUUUAUCAGUCUGCUUUUCAAGUCCUUCAAUAUUUGUAUGUGAAUCUCGAAAAAAGGAUGACCUGUCAGAAUAGUCCAGUGAACAUGCGUACAUGUAUUUGACAUGAAGUGAACAUGAGAGUCACUUUGUACAUUUGCUUUUGAAUCAAAGAUUCUCACAAGCUUUCUUGGAGUUCCAGCUCCAACUGAUAAUGUCACUUAUGUUUAACCUUGAUGUUCAAUGCUGACAUAAACCUUUAACAUUGAAAGAUACAACUGUCACAUUAUUAUUUUGAGCAAAAGACAUGUUCACAAAGUACUAUGAUAUUUCCUGAAUAUUGAAAUGGACAAAAGCAGAUAAAAAAGGUUUGAUGCAAUUGUGGUUUUAUGUAAAAUUAUACCCCACAAAACAACUAAUUUUGAUAUUACUUUUAUCACCAAAUGUUUUUUACAGAAUUUAACCAUUUUUGUCAAAUUUAAUUGUCUAUGUUGUCCUCUACAGCAUGAUUUAGCUGUGUUGUCAUCAAGGAUCUGUGUUGCCACAGUGGUGUCAUGUGAACCAGAUUUGAUAUAUUUUUAAUGUCACAUGUCCUACAUCAGAAUAUUUUACUCACAGGCUCUGCUUACGAAUGUUAAAAUGAUGAACAGAUAAAAAAUCACACUGCA